UUACAAUCAAACAGCCUCUACAUCUGUUUUUGUCAAGCUCCAGAAUGAGAGGAAAAAUCGCGGAGCCUGUAGCGAACUGCAGCCGGGUUUGGACCUCUUAAAUCAGGCGGAUCAUCCUCCACCGGGGGAGCGGAUGCCUGAAUGGAGACUGCGAGCCAUCCACCAGGAUCUCCCCGCUUCCUAAAUUGGUGAAUUUGUGGGCUGACAAAUGGAGUGUACUGUCGGGCUGCAUGGCCUUGUGUUUCACCGACGGUGUUUGACAUGGGAGCGACUGACCAGAAUAACACUCCGCAGUGUGAAUAUUUCAGCCUGUUGAUGAUGAGCCGCUCAGGACUGGAGCAAAGUGUCGUGAGAAUCGCUUUUCUGGCCCGUGUGCUCAGCUGAAGUGGACAACCAGACUGUUGAAGAAGACCAAAAAAAAAAAAAAAAAGGCAAUAUUUUUGAUGGCUCCGAGGUGGGGGAGGACGGAUACACGUGAAACCCUGGACAUAAAAAAUGGAUAAAACUCAUGCGUAAAGCUGAUGAGGGAGGGGGGGUCUCAGGCCUACUUGAUAGCAGUAGUGAAGUUGAUGGGGGGGUGGGGGGAGUGAGAAAAUGAUGAUGUGGUACGAACUGAAGGCGAGAAGAAGAGCUGGAGUGAGGGAUAAAAUCCGUGGGGAUCUUGGUAGCUGAAGAAUAACGGAACCCAAGUUUCUCCAGGACAAGACAGCUGCUUUCAUUGAAGCUCUCCAAUUAACUUCAUGUGAAAAACAGGGAGAGGAAAUCAGCUUCCUGGUUGAGGGGUGGGUGGGUGGGUGGGAAGGGGGGGUGGGGGGUUUAGAUAGAUAUUUUAUUCAUGCCUUAUGUUGGAGCAACUGGAGAACCGGCUUUCCUGUGGCCUAGAUGUUAUAUACACACACACAUAUGCAUUUGUAGAGAAACAAAUAUUUUUGGAGAGAAUUUUAACCUUUCGGAGGAAGAGUGGACCUUCAGAAACACACAGAGAGGACGAAUGACACUCUUGUAGCCUCAAAAGUAACGCACUUGGAAAGAAAAGAAGAAAAAAAAAGACAAAAAGGCUGAAGUGGGUUUGAAGCAUGGGCUGUGCUUCAAGUAUUCAUAUCUCUGAUAGGGUGGUCUACCACAGUGGAAAAGAGUCUGAGGAUUCCCACUCACCCCAGCAGACUAAUACAACUCAGCAUCAAGGAAAUCCUGCCUCCGGACUACCCCUAAAACCCCCUAGCUGCAAGGAGUCAGGACAGAAGAAAAUACCGAGUGAUUCAGGACACAACAGAAAAGAGCAGCAGAGUGGAGAAACCACAUCUGGGAAGACCACAUUAACAGAGGUGCAGUUUGGACCAAUGAAGCUAUUUAAAGACCCACUUCAGGUACUUUUAGUUUUUGCCAAAGAGGACAGUCAAAGCAAUGGCUUCUGCUGGGCGUGUGAGAAGGCCAACUACAGGUGCAGCAUGGUGCGGACGCCUGAAUACGCUCUCGAAUGCUUCUCAGAGAAGCAUCACGACCUCGUCAUCAUUGACCACAGACAUUCCAGACACUUUGACGCUGAAGCACUGUGCCGGUCAUUUAGGGCGGUCAACUCCUCAGAAAACACUGUGAUAGUCGCCGUCGUGAAAAGGCCAGACAGAGAGGAAGCCUCUGUGAUGCCGCUGAUCAAUGCUGGCUUUAAUAGGAGGUAUGUGGAAAAUGUCAAUUUGAUGGCCUGCUACAACGAGCUGCUACAGCUGGAGCACGGAGAGGUGCGGGCACAGUUCAAACUGAGGGCUAGUAAUGCCAUUUUCACAGCUCUGGAACAAAGCCAAGACGCCAUCGAGAUCACUUCUGAAGAUCAAGUAAUUCAGUAUGUGAAUCCUGCCUACGAGUCUAUUAUGGGCUACCAACAAGGCGAGCUAGUAGGGAAGGAAAUAAUAGAAGUGCCUAAAAGCGAGAAGAAUAAGCCUGAUCUCCUUGAAACGAUUAACUCCUGUAUACGAAAAGGAAAGGAGUGGCAAGGGAUUUAUUAUGCCAAAAAGAAGAAUGGAGACAACAUUCAGCAAAAUGUGAAAAUCACACCUGUGAUUGGGCAGGGAGGAAAAAUCAGACACUAUGUGUCUAUCAACAGGCCUUUAAAUGAUAAUAAUAAGAGUGAUAAAUCCGCUGAUCGUGUGCAGGCAGAGUCACAAACAGAUAUACAAUCCUGUAAGCACAAAGACCGGAGGAAAGGCUCUCUGGAUGUCAAAUCCAUAACGUCUCGGGGGAGCGAUGCUAGCUCACAGAGAAGACACUCCUCGAUGGCCCGAAUUCACUCCAUGACGAUAGAGGCUCCCAUCACCAAGGUUAUAAACAUCAUAAACCAAGCACAGGAAAGCAGCCCCAUGCCUGUGGCAGAGGCCUUAGACCGGGUGCUGGAAAUCCUGAGGACCACCGAGCUGUACUCCCCACAGCUGGGCACCAAGGAUGAAGAUCCACACACCAGCGACCUCGUCGGGGGGCUGAUGACGGAUGGUUUACGCAGAAUGUCAGGAAACGAAUACAUCCUCGCCACAAAGCAGCCCCACCAUCUGCCAAGUCACCUGGCGACCCCUCUGUCAUUAAACGACAUCCCCCCUCGGAUCGCCCAGACCAUGGAAAGUGAGGACUCGUGGGACUUUGACAUCUUUAGCUUGGAGGCUGCGACCAUGAAACGGCCGUUGACCUUCUUGGGCCUCAAGAUUUUCUCCCGCUUCGGAGUGUGCGAGUUUUUAAACUGCCCUGAAGCUACGUUGCGCUCCUGGCUGCAAGUGAUUGAGGCCAACUACCACUCCAGCAACUCCUACCACAACUCCACCCACGCGGCCGACGUACUGCAUGCUACGGCAUAUUUUCUCUCCAAGGAGAGGGUGAAGCAAAGUUUGGAUCCCAUCGAUGAAGUGGCUGCUCUGAUCGCCGCCACCGUGCACGAUAUUGACCACCCUGGCCGCACCAACAGCUUCCUGUGCAACGCAGGAAGUGAGCUGGCCAUUCUGUACAACGACACAGCUGUGCUAGAGAGCCACCAUGCUGCCCUGGCCUUCCAGCUCACCACCAGAGAUGAUAAGUCCAACAUCUUCAAACACAUAGAAAGGAACGAGUAUCGAUCGUUACGACAGGCCGUCAUAGACAUGGUCCUCGCAACGGAGAUGACCAAACACUUUGAACACGUCAACAAGUUUGUGAACAGCAUCAACAAGCCGCUGGCUGCUCUGGAGGAGAACGGGGGAAGCAGUGACGAGGAGGCUGUCAAAAGCGUCCUGACGUCCCCGGAGAACCGGAUCCUCGUCAAGCGGAUGCUGAUCAAGUGUGCAGACAUCUCUAAUCCGUGCAGGCCCCUGGAGCUCUGCAUAGAAUGGGCUGGCCGCAUCUCAGAGGAGUAUUUUGCACAGACGGAUGAGGAGAAGAGACAAGGUCUACCGGUGGUCAUGCCUGUGUUUGACAGAAACACGUGUAGCAUCCCAAAGUCCCAGAUUUCCUUUAUAGACUACUUCAUCACAGACAUGUUUGAUGCAUGGGAUGCUUUUGCGGACCUCCCCAAUCUUAUGCAGCACUUGGACAACAACUUCAAGUACUGGAAAGGCCUUGACGAUCGAAAGCUGCACACCCUGCGACCGCCUCCGGAGUAGCCGCUCGCUCGCAGCGUUCGGACCCUGGCACCGCCCCGAAAACCCCGGGUGCAGAACCUUCUUCUCUCCUGCUGGGGCGUCUCUCUCCCCACCCACCCUGUCAGCCCAGCCCAGCCCAGCCGCACAGGGACUCCUCGCCUUCACUCUCCUGCUUCUGUAGCACGCCGAGCGCCCCACAUGUCCGUCCACAGCAGAAAAACGCACAGAGGGACUUCCCGACACUGCCGAAGUGCUGCUGGCUUCUCACAGGCCCGUCGGAUGGGAACUGUAACCGUCGGAUACGGACAUCCAGCAUCCUCAUGAACUUCUCGUGCCUCAUAGGCAUUCGCAGUGUCGCUGUUGGCACGACUGAAAGAAGGACGGAGGAGGGGAGGCUUUUGGGUGUGGGGGGGGGUUGGGUCCUCACCGGUCUCUGUGGCAAAGCAUCCAUCCUCUGACUACCGCGUAGGCACUCCUGCCUGCCUGUGAAGUUGCUGUUAGCAUCUAAAAAAAACAACAAAACUGUCUAGUCCAUUUAAGGCCAUGUAAUCACUUCUUCAACCUCUAGCUCCUGCGCUCGCAGCGAGGCAGAGCCGCUCCUAGGAACCAUCGGAGGCCACGUCAUGAAAGUACACUCCACCGCUUAUUUUAUUUUAUUAUUUUUUUUGUUUGUUUGUUUGUUUUUUGUUUUUCAGGCAAUAUUUCCACAUGUCCUUCAGAAACACAAAGUUGACACACGGCUGUCAUAACAGAAAUGAGAGCGGAUGCUUCCUUCAUGGGUCAGGGGUGGACCUUUGUCCCAGGCCCACUGCUGAGAGACAACAACAUAAAGAAGAGAAAAACUCAAUAUAGGUAUCUAAUUACAGGUUAUUUAGUGUGCUAAUAUUUUUCUUAAAUUUCCAUGUUUUUCUAUAAUAAAAUUCACAAACAAAUUAGUAAAUGAGUAAGAGCAGAAUGAGUUUAGAAUUAAAAAAAAAGCCAAAGCUAUUAAAGACCAGUACUACUACUACUACAACGCUCAAAAAUUUACAAUUAUUAUUAUUCAUGCGACCUUAUUAAACAUUUUUUUUUGUUUUCUUAUCAAGAGUACAGUACCAGUUUGAAUAAACGAAUGAACCCUUUUGUAUUGCACUGUAUACAACAUUAGAAGUGUCUACGUCUCAGUGAUUUGUCCAGGAACGGGAUGUUGCGUUGGAGAAUAAGCUGUUUUUCUGUUUAUCAUCAGGAGAUCGUCUGCUUGUGUGAACGCGUGUGGGAAUUUGGUUUUCAAAUUUUUUAUUAUUUUUUUGUUUCUUGUUUGUUUUGUUUUUAUUUGUUUUGUUUUUUUUUCUUCUUCUUUUUGGUCGCUGGUGUGUGAGUGCGCGGGUGUGUUCAUUGUUGCAGCAAUCCCAUACUCUUGGUUUGAUGCUGUAAAACCGCUUGACAUUUGACAACAGCAGCAGAAAUAUGUGAAAAUCGUUUUGGACUUGAACAAUAUUUUUUCUUUUUUUUUUUCUUUUUUUUCUUUCUUUUUUUUUUGUCCUCCCAGAAAUUUUUUGUAUCUGGUUUGUCCUACUGAAGAAGAAGAAGAAAAAAAAGACUGCCUUAUUUUGUACAAUAUUUAUACAGUACAUCCCACUGUGCAACUGUAAUGGACAUCUGGAGUUUUUUCUUAUAACACAGUCAGAAGGUUACCUUCAAGUAAAUCUCAAUAUUUUUAUAGACAAUGAAUUUUACACUGGAUUUGCAGCAGAUGAGAUCAACCAUAAUAGCUAUCUGAACACCUGUGAAGGAGAAAGCCACACAGAGCGUGCGUAUAGAGAGCCGAACGGUAAAGCAGGAUAUGGAUCGCAGAGUUGUCUAUCACUGUCUUUAAAGCAGUCUCCUGGAGGCCAGCUUGCAUUGAUUUUUUUUUUUCUUGUCUUUUCUUUUGAUCAAAACAUCACUCUAUAUUUGGCCAAUCGUCCAACACCCUUAUGCACAGACCCGGGUAACAUUGUUUUGUUUUUUUUUUUGUUUUGUUUUUUUGUUUUUGUUCAAAGUUGGAUUCAGAUUAGGAUACUAAUAUCUAUGUUAAAAGAUCGAUGCUUCUUGAGAAGAUUUCCUCUUUAAACAGUAUAUAAAUGCCAUAACAGCUAAGCAACUACUGGUUAAUGAGAUGCAUUAACCACAAUUAAUUUUGUUUCUCUCUUAUGACAGAAUUGUACACUUAAUCAGGGGAUUUGUUUGUUCCUUCUGAUUCACGUUUGGUCUGAAGGCACGGGGGGGAAAAAAUAGAAUUUAUUCAAUGAAAAAUAAAAUGUCAACUAUA